UAAAUUUAGUCAAAAAUAAAACCAAGUUCGAUAUGAUUUGGGUUAAGACAAUACUUCCGAUAAUUCUGGGACUCGUUGUGGCUGGGCCUUUUCAAAAUGCUGAAGCCGACAGUAAAUUCUUUCACUUAAAAGCCAAGAACUCUACAAAAUACAGCAGGCCAGGGAAUAAAACCCAUCGCUAUAUCGCCACAACCACUGUGAGGCCUUCAAUAGUUGACAACGCCCUCUAUAUGAAGUAUGCCUGUCAGGGGAAACAAAAUGGUCUGCGUUUGCCAAUUGAAGGAAGUUGCACGCAAUAUCUGGAGUGCCAACAAGGAAAAGCAAAACUAAUGACCUGCAUGAGAGAAAAACAUUUCAGUACUUUUGGUCUGACAUGUAUCGAUGUUAAACUGUCAAAUUGUUCUGUCAAAUGUGAGUGUUGCAACAAAGAGGAUGGACUUUAUCCGGAUUUAACCAACUGUUCGAACUUUAUUGUUUGUUCGGGAGGAAAAGCCCAUAGACAGAGUUGUGGAAGCUAUUUUAAAUUCAACUCUGAACAACUUUCGUGUGAUAUUCCACAACGUGCCCGGUGUUCCGAUAUGUCAAAUAAUAAUACUUAUAUCGAACGAAAAAUUGAAACAGAAAGCUCAAAAACUCCUCUUUAUUUGGUAUCACAUAAGGUGUGCCUUAAUAGAUCGAAUGGCUAUACUGUCGGUGUUGCGGGUAGCUGCAAUAAGUUCUAUUUGUGCGCAAAUGGCAAGGGUUAUUUAAAAUCUUGUGGUCACAUGCAAUUUAAUUCGGCAACUCAUUAUUGUGAUUCAAGGACCCGUAUUUACUGCCCACAAAAUGAGGAUAAUUUUGUGAUUGUGGAUAGCGAUGAAAUACCAAGACCAUGGUUGAGGCCGGAAAUUCCAGCAGUUCCUGAAGUCCCACAGCCACCACACAGAGUACCUGGACAGCCAUUUCCCCAAGAAGAACUUCCAUCCCAUCCACCAGUUGUAGGAAAACCCGAACAAGGUCCUGAUGGUGUCCCAAAACCUCCAGUUGUUGACCCUGUUCCAGUACCUCCAGUGGUUGUCCUUCCCGACGUUGAAGAAAUCAUCGAUCCUAAGGAAUAUGCUGGACUCUGUGAUGAGCAAUCAGUUGGAGCACUCUUGGCAUUGCCAAAACAUUGUAAUAAAUAUAUUCGUUGCAAGUGGGAUUGGUUUUCGAGGCGUGUUGCUGAAGUUGAGUCAUGUCCCAAGGGUAAGCACUUCAAUGCCAAAUCUAAGAUUUGUGAUGUCCCAAGGAAAGCUGGAUGCGUGAAUCAUUCGAUCAAGAAGCAUUUUUGAAUACAAUUAAAUUUGCAUGUUAAGUUUUAAUUUUGUUUUGAAAUAAAAAGCUAGUGGAAAAUUUUAAAA